AUGAUUGAAGUAUUUUCGGAGAUACCAAGGCCUAAUGAGGUCAAAUUAAACUACAUCCAGACUAUUGAACAAUUUCUGGGUGGAAUUGAAGGUGAAAUGUCGCAAACUCUGUUGAGGAGAGAGUAUGCGUCCAAAGACGACUCACUCUAA